CCUCCCCACAGCUGCCGACGGUUCGGUUCGCAGCAGCUGCUGACUCCGUUCUCCGGUCCUGGCCCGGCAGUAGCGGAAGGGCGCAGGCGCGGCUUGCGGCUCUCCUAGCGCCUAGUAGCGGAGCGGGACUCUCGAGAAUCAUCAUCCAGGACCUGCCAGAAGCCACAAGAAAAAAAAAUGGGGAGGGUUUUUCUCACAGAAGAAAAAGCCAACUCUGUAUUAAAACGCUACCCAAGAGCCAAUGGGCUUUUUGAAGAAAUAAGACAGGGCAACAUUGAGCGUGAGUGCAAAGAAGAAGUCUGCACAUACGAAGAAGCCAGAGAGGCUUUUGAAAAUCAUGAAAAAACUAAAGAAUUUUGGAGCACCUAUACAAAAGCACAACAAGGAGAGACCAACAGAGGAAGUGACUGGUUUCAAUUUUAUCUUACUUUUCCAUUAAUCUUUGGCCUCUUCAUUAUUCUCCUUGUCAUCUUCUUAAUCUGGAGAUGCUUUCUAAGAAACAAAACUCGGAGACAAACAGUAGCUGAAAGCCACAUUCCUUUUCCUCAACAUCUUAACAUUAUUACUCCACCUCCUCCAGCAGAUGAAGUCUUCGAUAACAGUGGAUUGUCUCCAGGCUUUUUGGAAUACGUUGUUGGGCGCUCAGAUUCUGUCUCCACUCGCCUUUCCAAUUGUGAUCCCCCACCGACCUAUGAGGAAGCAACUGGCCAGAUGAACUUGAGAAGUGAAACAGAACCUCACUUAGACCCACCACCAGAAUAUGAAGACAUAAUUAACUCCAGCUCAGCUAGUGCCAUUGCUAUGGUGCCUGUGGUCACCACCAUCAAAUGAAGCUGCAAACCUCUUUUUACUCUAAUCAUUUCUAAAAUACUAAUGGGAGAACUUUCUAGCACUUUACCACUACAUAAAUGUGCAUUGACUUAUCUUAUUAGAUAACUCCUACAGCAUACCACUUCACAUUUACUGGUUGAUUUAUCUUUAGUUUUGUUUCUUAUUAUAAAAGUAUUAUCCACAUUCAUUUUUACAAGAGAAAACAUGAAGGAAAGACAUGCCAGUGAAGGUCUUUAUGUGCUGUAUAACAUACACAUGUCUGUACAAAUAUGUAUAUGUAUGUAUGUGUAUAUACAUAUAUAUGCAUAUAGCCACAUGUGCAUCAUCCAGUAUGUGUAACUCUUGUAUAAUUAACUAACUUCCACCACACCACCCAUAAAGACAGCAUUACUCCCCAAAACUGAAAAGGACAGGGAGGGCACCAACAGUUUAUGUGAUAGUCAGCAACAUGCAAUGUUUUCUAACUAUUAUAGACAUCGGUUAACCUCCCAUUUCUUUCUUCAAAGGAAAAAUAUACAUGGAUUCAUUCUCAGUUUUAGAAACAUCUCACAGAGAGAGAGACAGACUGAUUGUGGAGUAUAACAAGGAAAUCAUUAGUCAUUAGCGGCAUUUAGCUCAUUUCGUACUAGGGUUUUUCUUUUUGGCUAAGUGCUACUCACUGUCCCAUUAAAAGCAUCUUUGAAUGUUUCAUGCUACUCAUAUUAAUAUCUUGUUUGUAAGAAUUUCUAGGUAAUGGAAUAAUGUAUGUGUUAGUGACAGGGAGUAGAUUCUGACUACCCCUUUGCUCAUUGUGUUGGGUAACAUUUUUUCUUUUACACUAAUUUGUAUUCUCUCAUUGCUAUCAUAUAUUCUUCAUGCACUCAAGAGUUUAGCUAAAACCAAUUUUUUGAUGUAUUUUCUUAAUGUUUUAUACAGGCUGAAAUCUUCACAAUUUUCCAUUUAGUUAUAAGCUGUGACUUUGGAAUUGACACUGUGUUGAUGGAAGGUGAUUACACAGUAUCUGCUAUAGCAGGUGCACACUCAAUCUAGUAUAGUCCCACAUAGAUUUCAUUAGUGUUGCUGUUUUGUUUUACAGUCUAUCGUUUUGUUUUUUUGUUUUUUUUUAGCUGCAAUAGUUUUAUUUCUUUCCCUUUGAGUAGAGGGAGCAGGUUGUGAAUGAACUGCCAAAAUAAACUAUUUCAGAAGAAUAAGAAAGGUCAAAUGAAAUGGUAUAUGUACAAGUAAUUUGUGCAAUGUGAAGAACUAUUAAGACGCUAAUAUUAAUAUUGUGCUACAAGGGGACAUUUCUGUUUCCCUAGAAUUGAGCAGAGCUUUCACAUAUUGAGAACUAGAGCAGUCUUCUCCAUAAAUAGCUAAUAUUUUCCUAAUCUGAAUGUCCAGGAUAUUACUUACCUUCUGACAUAAUCUGGACUGUAUAAAAGCUGUGCCAAUUUAAGUAUAUUUGCCAAUGCAGCAUAGGAUGAAUAAAUGCUGGAAAUUACACCAAAGUACAUGAAUUAGUUAUAGGUCUGAUAGAUGAAAAAUAUAUCUUGAUAAUGGUCUUAGCACAACAAUAUUGCUUUGAAUUUUUUCUGACUAUAUAAUCUUUCCUUUCUAAUUAAAUCUGAAGUUAGAGAUGUUUGAUUCAGUGUGGACAAGGAGAUAUGUGUUGUUUAUAACUGAAAAUUUAGGCGUGCGUGUGUGUGUGUGUGUGUGUGUGUGUGUGUGUGUGUGUGUGUGCGCGCGCGCGUGCCUAAUAUUAGGCUUUAGAUGAGACCAAUAAUUUUCAGAUUUUGGCCCACAGACCCUGGGAGUUCCUGACAGUCUUCCAGGGGAUCUGUGUAAUCAAAAUAUUUUCAUCCUAUCUGAAGACAUUAUUUCUCUCUCUUAUUCUAAUUCUCUCAAAACAGAGUUAAACAAUGGAAAACAAUAGUCUUUCCACACAUCUUUUUAAAAAAGAAAAUAUAACUAUUUUUCAUAAAAAUGUAUUCAUUCUUAUUGGCAUUUUUUUAAUUUUUAGGUGAUCUAGUCUUUUAAUUUUUUUAGUUCAAUUCUAACAUGCUAAAUAGUUAUCGAUAUAAAACUCAAAAAAAAGUUCAUUGGAAUCUAGAGUUUCCCAAGAAUGUAAAGGGUGAUCCAGAAACCAAAAUUUUAAGAUCAACAGGAUUAGACAAAAAAAGGACAUCCUGUCACUAAGUUAGGGUUUUUUUUUUUUGUAAUGUGAUUUCACAUUUUGAAGUCUGAAUAUUGGAUUUAAUACUUCCUGCACUGAAGUAUAAGAAUGAGUGAUGAUUCUUGGAACAGAAGCCAAAUGUUUAAAUUGAUCCACUGAUCAAUUUAAUGACAACUAUUUAGAUUGUUGGUCAGAGAAUACACUACUUCAUAGUAAAUAAUAGCUGCACUAACCAAAAAUUUCAUGACAGCUUUUCCAUGAUAAUGAGAGAAUAACCAAAUUACUUUCUUCAUGAAAUUUUCUUUUACAUUUUUUGUUGUGUUUGAGUACAGUUUAGGUUUCAUACUUUGAAAAUCUCCUUUCUUAGCCCUUCUGGUUUUGUAAAGUGUGAGUUUUGUAACUAUUAUAAUUAAGGGGCUUAUCUGGAAUAAUAUAUAUUUUUAUGCUUUGCCUUUCCUACUUGAUUGAUACUGCAUUUGCCUUUGAUCGUUUUUAAUGAAGAUUUAUUUUUGCAGAAUAUACUUAAUACCUUUCUAAUCAGUAAGUAAAUGGAAUUCAAUGGUUUAUAUUUAAAUAGAAGGAUCUGCUCAUGGCUUCUUGAGUAGAAUGAUUUUCAAGCCUCAACCUGCAGUGCUUGUGCCUGGAAUCCUUGAACUGGCAAUUUAUGCUUCCCUGCUCUAAAUGUCAUAGUAAAUUCUAUAUGUUCUAAAUAAAUGAAAUGAUUGCUUCUUUUCCUGUUGACCAAGCAAAAUACAGAUGUUAUAUUUGUUCAUUGCUAAUGAAAACUUCUUCAAGACUGAUGAUCUGAUCCAGUAACUACAGAGGUAGUUUUAACUUAGUUCUAUGUAAAUAGCACGUAUUUUAUGACAAUACUUCACAUUUUCAAAUGCUUGGUUUACAUUAAAUUAUGAUAUUUAACUUUUUAUGUUUAUACUAGAUACGAUUUUCUUAUGUUUCUGUGUUUUUAGUAUGCUAAAUAAAGCUAUUUUUAAACCCAA